AAGAUCGAGCGGUUUGCGAACAAAUGAACUAAAUAAUUUCCCGUCAUCUGCCAACGAAUUUUUAGUCUAUCAUACAUGUUAAAUUAAAAUGGCCCCGCACAAUAAUAAAAAUUUCAGUGACAAAGUGCUCAUUAACCGUAAAUCGACACCUGUCAACAUUUUACCAACCGAGAUACUGCUGUACAUAUUUUCAUUUUUGAGCAACAUAGAAAUUCUAGAUAUCGCACGGCAUGUCUGCAGAAGGUGGAACCUUUUAACUCCAAAACCGACCCUGGAUGUAAAAAGGUUAAGAAUAGCAGAUUCGAAAUCGCAGAAUACGCGGCAGAUUUGUGAUAUAAUCAACUCGUCUCCUAAACUAAAAGACGUCACAAUAUCGUGCCGAUCGGGUUUAUCUCGUAUACUUAAAACGAUAGGAAAAGCGAGCAAAGAUCUGCGGAAACUCAAAAUAAUUAAUGGCGGCUUUUGCGAGCGCAGCAAAUGCAGUGCGGGUGUAAACAAAAUCGUGAAGAAGUGUAAAAAACUACACCGCAUCGGUAUACUAGCCAAUCGAUACUAUCUACGUAGAUCGUUUAAAUUGUCCGUAAAACAAAAAACGGGCAGGCUGUGGUCGUAUAAGUCAACAAUGGACAUACGGAAUAUUGAACUUAAUCAAAUCCCAACCUUAUUGCUAGGCUUAAGAAGAUAUUCAUUAGAAAUUCCAAUACCUUCGAGUAGUUCCGUCGUGGAGGAGUACUUGAGGACACCCUAUCCAGGAUAUCAAGUCGCGGUCCACAGGGAAUCGCAUUUGGAACAUUUUUUAAGCUUGGUGAACAAUCACACUUCUCUACAUGAAACUGAUGUACUUUUACAAGUUCUUUAAAUAAACAUUUUC